UUCUCGGCUGGGAAGACGCUGCGCGGUGCUUAUCUGGCUGUGGGCGAGCAGAGCUAGAAACACCGAAGCUCCCCUCCGCUUGAUCUAGGGAGUGAAUGUGUUUGCGUGUGUGUGUGUGUUUGUGUGUGUGUGUGUGUGUGUGUGUGUGUGUGCGUGGUUGGGUCAGGGUCUGUGCACAUGUAGAUGCCGCAUGGGCUGCAACCGGACCUGCUGGUGAAUAAUGCAGACAAGGAAGCGGCGUAUGGACAGCAUGCUGGGUGCCAGAUUAGUAAUGCGUCCUGCCGGGUUCCGAGCGCUGCGUUCGUCCUGCAGGGACCUGUAGCUGCCCACUGUCUGCCUGCCUGCUGCACCGCCCGGCUUCCCGCCCACCUUCCUUCCUUUCUACCUGACUGGCGAACUGUCUGACUUAUCAGAAAAUGUCUCACUACCAUUUCAUCAAAUGCUGUUGUUUCCAGCUAUGUAAUGUCUUUCGUCAAAACAUGGAGAUAGACCAGUGUCUGCUGGAGUCCCUCCCCGUCGGCCAGCGCCAGCGGCUGGUCAGGAGGAUGCGCUGUGACCAAAUACGGGCGUACUACGAGAGGGAAAAGAGCCUUCAGCGCCAGCAAGGCGGGAUCAAGGUUCGAGCGCCGCCCACCGGCCCCGAGAGGCGACACGUCCGCUUCAGCCUCGCCGACUCCGUGCAGGACGCCGUCAUUCGCCAUGACGACAGAGAAGUAUUGCGGCUCCUGAAGGAAGGAGCAGACCUCAACGCCCCCACUUCCUCCGGGGGGUCCUUGCUACACCUGUGUGCUCGCCACGGCAACGUGUUCGCCGCGGAGCUUCUGAUUGAGCGCGGCCUGAGCGUCGACCUGCAGGACGAAGACCUGUGGACCGCCCUGCAUGUGGCGUGCGUGUGCGACCAUGCGGACGUGGUGCUGCUGCUGCUGCUGACGGGGGCUAAUGUUCUGCUGCAGGACGUCAACGGAAACGUUCCUCUGGACUACGCCGCCGAGGGAACAGAGACCGGCUUUAUUCUCCGAAAACACCUGGAGGAAAAAGGCGUGGACGUGUCAUCUGUGCCCACAAUGAAGAUGCAGAGCGCCAGCACCAUGCUCUCUGAUGUCAGACAGCUGGUGGCCACCGGAGGAGGCCUCAACCUGCCCAACGACGACGGCGUCACUCUGCUGCACAUAGCGUGUGCCAGCGGCUACAGGGAGGUGGUGUCUGUGUUGUUGGAGAGUGGAGCCGACCCUCAUCCAGCCGACAACCAUUUCUGGACCCCUCUCCACCUGGCUGCUAAAUAUGGACAGACGAGCAUCGUUAGUCAGCUCCUGAGGCACCGAGCGAACCCGACUCUGUUGAACUGCAGCCAAGACAAGCCCUCAGACAUUUCCACAUGUGAGCCCAUUGCUGAUAUGCUGCAGAAUGCAGAGGAGAGCUGGCUGCAGAGACUAAAAGACCCCUCCGCUCCUCUACCUUCCACUGACCAACGCUACGAUGAUGGCUCUCACGACCUCAACGCUCCUGUCAAGAACUUGAACCCUCUGGGUCUCUCUCUCUCUAAGCGGGACUGUCUGCUGGAGCGCUGUGCCAUGUUCAGAGAGGCCAGCGGAGCGCUGAGCCGACAGCCCUCUCAGGACAACGGCCUGGACGGACCCUCGAGCUCUGGAGCCAGCAAACUGGAGCAGGUCAAGCUGAUGCCUCCCGCUCCCAAUGACGACCUGUCGUCCCUCAGUGAGCUGACCGACAGCAGCCUGCUCUACGAGAUGCAGAAGCGCUUUGGAAACGACCAAAUCUACACUUACAUUGGACACAUCCUCCUGCUGGUCAAUCCGAACAAAGAGCUGCCCAUCUACUCCACUUUGGUGAGUCAGUUGUACCUGAGCUCCACGGGUCGUCUGUGCUCCUCUCUGCCUCCUCACAUCUUCUCCUCAGCAGAGCGGGCCUACCACAUGAUGCUGCAGGAAGGACGCCCGCAGUGUUUCAUUUUGAGUGGUGAAAGUGGUUCUGGGAAAACGGAGGCCUGUAAGCACAUCGUGAGACACCUGGCAGCCCGCUCCAGCCCCAAAGGCUUUACGCUGGAGCCCAGAAUGAAGCAUGUUAACUGCAUUCUGGAGGCCUUCGGUCAUGCAAAGACUCUGAAGAACAACAACUCCAGCCGCUUCAUCAAGUUGUUGACCAUCCAAUACUGUGACAAGAGGAAAACCCUGCUCAGAGCCCGUGUGAACACCCACAUGCUGGAGAAGUCUCGCCUGGUCCACCUGCCUCCUCACCAACACGGCUUCAACAUCUUUUAUUUGAUGGCUGAAGGCCUUUCGCCUGAGGAGAACAGCGCACUUUACUUCAACAAUGUCCUGGCUCAUAGGUACCUGAGUGGAGGACUUGGACAGAACCCUCCCAUGGCGACAGCGUCUGCCCACAGCAGAGAACGCCUCGCAGCAGUGAAACAGGCCCUGCGAGCCCUGGGCUUUAACAAACAGGAGAUUGACUCUGUGUUUAUGCUGCUAUCGGCUGUGCUCCACAUUGGGGACCUACGUUUCACUGCACUGCCGGAUGCCAAUACAGCCUUCCCUUCUGACCUCCAGUUGCUGGAGAGAGUUGCCGGCUUGUUGCAGGUGUGCUCCCACGACUUAAGUACCGCCCUCACCUCUGACGUUCAGUACUUCAAAGGUGACGUAAUAACUAGAGGCCACACAGAGGAGAUGUCGGAGCAGCACAGAGACCAGCUGGCAAAGGCGAUCUAUGGACGCCUCUUCAGCUAUCUGGUCAACAGUAUCAAUGACUACCUACAUGGACAAGAUGACGGCAUCGGUGACCCCGCUAUGGAAAUCGGGAUCUUGGACAUAUUUGGGUUUGAAGAAGUUCAGAGGAACGGAUAUGAGCAGCUGUGCAUGAACAUGACCAACGAGCGGCUGAGGCAGUACGUCUCUGAGGUGCUAUUCCAGCAGGAGCAGUCUGAGUGUCUGCAGGAGGGCAUUGCCAUGGAGACCCCUCGCUCCCCCGGCAACCAGACAACCGUUCUGGACUUCUUUCUUCAGAAGCCUCAGGGACUGCUGUGCGUGUUGGACGAGGAGAGCCAGAGCCUGCGGCCGGCAGAGCAGACCCUGUACAAGAGGCUUUCCACCCAGCUGGACUCCAAUCCGACCCACGGUCUCUCUCUCACAACCAAGGACGGCAACGGAAACCCGCCGCCCAAAGACCAGGGCCCGGCAUUCACCGUCAGCCACUAUGCCGGACAGAUAUGCUAUGAUCUCACAGGAUCCCUCGCUAGAAACAAGGACUCUCUCCCUCAGAACAUCCUGUUCAUGAUGAAGUCCAGUGAGAGCGUGUUACUGCAGCAGCUCUUCCAGUCCAAGCUGACUCAGACUGGUUCUCUGGUGCCAGCAGCCCACGGCCGUGUCGGGUUGAGGGGGCCCAAAGCUGCCCAGUUGCUCCACAGGGGGCCACCGGCCUCCCUGGUCACUGCCAACUUUGUGCCACAACAGUCCCAAAGAUGCUAUGACUAUACCAAGAUCUUGAAGAAGAAAGGCUCGAGCUCCUUCCUCCAAAGGCUUGAGCGCUGCGGGCCCAUCACAGUGGCCGUCCAGCUCAGGAACUCUCUGUCGGAGGUGAUCAGUAAGCUGCAGGCUUGCACUCCUCACUUUGUGGAGUGCGUGCGCCCCGACGCCAGGGCUCAGCCCGACAGCUUUGACAGCUCCCAUGUGUCUACCCAGCUGCAGUACAUCGGGGUUCUCGAGAUGGUGCGCACGAUCCGUUAUGGAUACCCCGUCCGCCUGUCCUUCCCAGGCUUCCUCAGCAGAUAUAAAGACCUUGUUGUCCCAACUUUGGGGGACAAGAAGAAAUUGUCACCGGAGGAGAGAUGUCGCUCAGUUCUGCAGCAGUCCAAACUACAGGGAUGGCAGAUGGGCAUCAGCAAGGUCUUCCUGAGGUAUUGGCAGGCGGAACAGCUCAACGACCGCUGCUACCAGUUUCAUAAAAAGAUCAUCACCUGCCAGAAAGUGGUCCGUGGCUGGCUGGUCCGGCGGCGUGUUCGUCACCGGCUGUCGUUGCAGCAGAAAGACGAGUGCAGUGUGCAGCGUUUCCUGCAGGGGACAGAAAAUAUGGGGCUGCGAACCUACGACCACUUGGUCAUCCAGAACGCUUCCGACAUCGCACGAGAGAGCGACCGCCUACGCUGCCAUGGCAACAGCCUUCCCAACGCCCUGGGCAAUAGCCCACCGCUUGGCGAGCGGCCCGAGCCGGUGGGCAAGGAGGAGGAUCAGCCUGUCAGGAGGGUUGUGGAUAAAAGCGUGAAAGUCUAUGACGGUCCUGUCAAUGGGGGCAGUCGAGUUAUUCGCCACUUUCGCUCCAGCUCAGUUCCCAUCCCCCUCGCCAUGGAGAGCUUGGUCCAUUCCUCUGCUGGUCCAUCCAUCAAACCAGCCCUGCAGCAGGCUGCUCAUACCAAUGAGGACACAGCAUGCGGGGGAGGUCUUUCCUCUCCCCGGAAGCAACCUCCGCCCAAACCAAAGAGGGACCCCAACACUCGCCUGAGUGCAUCUUAUGAAGCAGUCAGUGCAGGCUUGACGAUGGCAGUCAAAGAGUGCCCCACUCCAGAAGGGUUUGGUUCGCCAGCCGGAAGCCCUCCUAAGUCCCAGCUGUCCCCCACAGACCCCGCAGCCCUGUCCAAACCCCGUCCCCACAGCGAUGACUACACAACCAUGAGGAAGGUGCCUCCUCCAAAACCGAAGCGCAGUCCCAACACCAAGCUGUCGGGCUCCUAUGAGGAGAUCAACGCUGUGGCCCACCACAUCCACCAGCUGCGUCCUGCCGACGUAAAGCUAGCCCUGCUGUCCCGUGCCGGGGGGUUCGGAGGGUUCGGCGGUUUGCUGCAGAAAGCGGCCUCUGUGGACGCCCCGCAAGGCUUAGGGCUGAGCCUUUACCAGAGCCGAGAUGACGAGGACGUGUACAUCGAGAUGGUGGGCUCCCAGCCGCGGGCUCGAAGUCUCCAGGAGCCCCCCGACAGUCCCGAGCCGGCCGACUCCGAGGCAGUUUAUGAGGAGAUGAAAUACUAUCCUCACGAGGACGGUGCGAAGCCGUCCGCUGUGGUUAGCAAGGCCGCCAAGUUGGAGGCACUCGGCUUGAGCCUGGUUGGAUUGGGGCCCUCUCUUUCUCAGACGGACAGCAAACGGAUGGCGGACAUUUCUCACUCCCGGAGCGCCCCCAACGGUGGAGUCCUCAAAACCCAUGGCAAAGACAGCGGCUGUGACAUCCCUGCUCCCUUCCCCAACUUGCUUCCCCACCGUCCACCUCUGCUGGUGUUUCCCCCGUCUCCCGUCACCUGCUCCCCUGCGUCAGACGAGUCGCCCCUGACCCCGCUAGAGGUUAAGAAGCUGCCUGUGUUUGAAACAAACCUGAACUACGCCACUGGCCCGGACAGCCCCCUCUCCCCACAGUUUUCCCGCCAGAGGGCCGACUCCUCCCCCAGCCUCACCGUCCUCAUGCCAGAGAAAAAGUCCACACCUCCUCUGACCCCUCCACCUCCGCCACCUGCUCCGAAUGCUGCUCCUCCUCCUCCCUACAGACCCCCUUCCUACUUCCCCUUCCCGCCUGAGGCUAACUUUCUUUCUCUGACCCGAGCAGCGUCCGUCACGGGCAGCUCGGACGCCCCCAAACUCGCAUCCUCUAAUAGGACAGGCGGGGAACCCCUUGGCAAGCCGCCUCCCUACUCCCCUGCCAAGAUGUCACGUCCUGAACCCCGGCGAGCACACUCUUGCUCCUCCUCUCCCCUGCUGUUCAACCCAGCCAACGGCAGACCCCUGACCAGCCCGCUGGAUGAGCUCAACACUCUGUUCAGCUCCGGGCGCAGCCUGUUGCGGAAGUCCACCCCAGCGCGCAAGAUGCGAGACGGAGGAUUCAAUUCUAAUAUCAAUCUGCCAGGGAGGGAAGAUUAUGGCUCGGCCCCCACCUCGCCAUCUCUGCAGCUACAGGACAAGAACGCUAACAACCACACGCAUCCUCGCUGCCCGAGCCCCGCCCCCAUGGAGAACGGCAACCAGAUCUCCAAUGGGUCACGAGAGGACGAGAGUCACAGCAAGUCCAACACUUCCAGCGCCACUUCUCUGCACAGACACAUGGACAGCCAUCAUACUCAGGUGUUCCAGCGCCUGCGUCUGUCCAGCAGGGACCAGAGUGUCACCCUUGGGGAGCUUCUGCGAUGGCGGCGAGCGCAGUGUGAGGGGCGGGGUGACUGGAGGCACCGUCCAUCCCAGUCCCCGCCCCCCACGCUGCUCUGGACCAAUAGGAAGGCCUCUCCAUGACAGAGGUUGUGAGCUGCACUCUUAUGCAUCGGCCCUGCUUUUCUUUUUCUUUUCUUUUUUAUACGUGGACCAUCCGACCUCGAUGCUCAGGGGCGAAGUCGUCGCUCCAAGACCCAAAGCAUGAGCCUUGUCCCUGGGCCCAAAGCGCCGCCUCGGCACCUCUUGACUCGAGGAUUGCCCCGAAGAUCAGCCCUCUGUAGCGCCGGCAAUUGUCUGUAAAAAAAACCCCAAACAAACAAAACAACAUGUGGAAUUCUGACACAGCAAAGGUCCAUGAGGUUGUGAUUUAAGUCAUUCAGAUGAUUUUUCUUUUCAGUUCUGCUGAGAAGUAUGAUGUCCAGGCUGAAUUAAAGAUCAGACCAGCAGUGUUUUAAUAGUAGUCAGAUAUUAAAGGGUCCUUUUAGUCUCUUUGUAUCAUGUUGUUCUGCUGCAGACAAAGAAGUUGGACCCUUGAAUAUGGUGCUGAUUCCGCUGGACGUGCUGUCCUGUGCUGUUCCCAUGAAUGCUUGUGUGUGUGCGCCGCAGACGCUCAGAAGUUUACAUGUCAACAGACGUCUUCGUACGCCUCCAGUUUUUAGCAUCAGUGGACUGGCUCCGAUAUGGGACCUUUUUGCAACCAGAGGUCAGAGUAACCUCAGUAUAUCCCAGGGUGCACUUCUCUCUUUCUCUCAUAGUGACGACCAGCCUUUUGAGGAAUAAAAACCUCCAGCUUCAAUGGCACCUACUGCGCUAACCUUUACUAGGAAACAGAGCCAAAACCAGUCCUGCUUUGGUUUAAGGUGUGACGGCAACGCCAAAGUUACAGAGCUUUAGCUGGCAGGUAUACAGUUUGUUGUGAACAAAGACUGUGCCAAAGUGACACAACUUGUGAAAGAUGCGUCUAAACUAACAAGUAUAGUUCUAAGAUCAAAUAUAUACACACAUAGUCCUCGAAUAUAGAAAUGUACAGACUGAGUUUAAAUGACCAAAUAUAGGUGGUGCUGCGAUUCAGUGGUGUUUCUAGAUCGGCCAGAAGGAAGAAAAAUAAAUAAGAAUUGUGCGUUGUUGUUCAGGAGAUUGUGCAGAGCUCAGGAACUCGCGCACGGACAAACCCUAUUGUACAGAUUCCUCCACCUUCCACGCCCUCCCCUCUUCUCCGCCCUUAACCCGAACUAGCAGACCCCUUCCCCCACUUGGUCAUUGACCCCCCACCCCACACACACACCUUCUCAAUGGGUAUAACCUGCUCUACUGGUGUUUCCAUGGUAACUGCUUUGUAAAUAGUGACCAGUGUUGUAUGUUCUAGCUUUCACUACAAGAGGAGAAGCACAGAGAUAGAAUUAAAAGGUGAGGAGGAGGUAAGAUAAUACUGUCUAUGAUGGUGAAACGAAGAUUCCAGAAUGUCUUGGGUUAGAUGCAAUGACUAAGGUAAAGAGAAGAGGUUUAUUUUAGGAUGGAAUACCUUUUUUUUCUCAGAAUGAUUGUCUACUAUGAAAUUCUCUAUUCGCUAUCCAUCCUUAGUUGUUUGGUUGUAGUUCCUCUGAUGCGAUGCAGAUGUUUUAGUGCACAAUGUUGAUGUGGUUUCUUGUUGACUUCUCAAUGGGCUGGAUGUGUCUCAACGAGCUGUUUGGUCAGCGGAGAUCGGUUCGGAUUGUUUAGAGCCACAAAGUAUCAAUGGCUGUAAUUGAUUUCUCAUUCCCACUGAUUGAUUCAGCCUUACGAAUUAGCAGUCCCAUCACAGGAUCGAUCUCGGCUGCUGUCACUGCGCCUUGGUGCACAAAUAUUCAAGAGGAAUUAGAGAAGAUCGCUGAUAUUCAAGAGAUGGCGACUGAGCUGAGCUGUGCUUUCGACUGACUGGCUGAAUGUAUAGACUUUUAUUUUAAACUGUUACUGCCUGAAACCCUGUGUAACUUAUUACUGAAACAUGCACCUGUAUCUUACAGUGUACCUGACUCCUCAAUGUGAUUCUUGUCUUCAGAAGUUAUGCGUCAAGUUUUAUUAUAUAUUUUUUGUCUUUUAAGGGGCUAGUAAGGAUGCAGCAUUUUUUAAUAAUCUAUUGAUUUGCUCCAUGAUUCACACUUUGGAUGCUGCUAUUGGGGUUGCAUGAAUAGUGCAGUAAUGCAAUGCAGAACUAUGUCAAACAUCCACAUCAUAGUAUGGUUCAGCUCGUUCACACAAGGACUCUAAUGUAUCCGCAAUCAAGCAAAAUAGAAAAGAACCAAGAACAAGCCUAUGAUCCACGCCAAUAAAAGAACUUACAUCCUCUCCAUUGGCCCUUCAUUAUGAUAAGUGUUCGCUUACUCAUGUUUAUUAUGGAUGUUUACUGAAACGAUGAAAUGAGAUGAAUUGUUUUUUUUAUUGUCUUUUAAAGAAUAUCAGCGCUUUUGGGCCUGAGCCUUUAUAAUGUGCUCAUGCAGAAAAAGACUGUCUAAUGUGAACUGCUCCUUACUGCACUGUGAAUUCCCACACUGUCCAUCCAUCUACAUCCACCUUAGCAUAUCGGCUGCAUCGGAUACGAUCCCCGGCCGUAGCUCUGUUGUAUGCGUUGGUCAUCUGCCAGUCGCUUCCGUUAGUACGGAAUCUAAAACGCUCGUCUCUGAGAUCCGCUCUCUGGUGCUACAGCCAGUGCCGAUUGGCCAACUUGUUGUCCCUAGUCCACUUACAGCCGUUUGGAGACACAAUAUUUUAGCAUCUGAAUGGGGGCAUCUCACUGCCUUUCAUAGUGUUCUUUUUUUUAUUUUUUUAUUUUAUGGUAAUGUUUCUUUUGUACAUGACAUUUUUAACAGGCAUAAUAUGUGGUUGUGGAUAGAAAAGAUUGUAUGUGAUGUUUCAUCAUUAUGUUUCCACUGUUUUAUAAGUCUACCUGUACAGCAAUAAAGCACAAUUGUGUCAA